AUCACUUGAAUCAGGUCAAGCGCAGUGCUCAGCUCAAGCGCAUGCUAUUACGCGAAAGCUCCUUGGGCAAGAUGCAUUGCUAGUAAAUCAAAUAGCAGCUACGGUAGUAUGGCUCGUUUCAGCUGCAAUGGAGCUCUGUGUGCACUUGCAAUGAGUUCAGCGGUGCUUCAGCAGUUGUAUCUCGGGGCAUGGCGCUGUGAAAAGCCUCCAGCUGUCAGGAGCCAAUGUCCUGCAUCCUGGUGCUUUGGAAGCAGGUUGUCUGAAGCAGCAGGUGCUGCAGAUGCACAGAUUGUGGCAGCUUUACUAUCUAGCUGCAAGUCAGAAGAUGAGACUUCAGUAUUAUCUCCUCAGCUCAGAGUCAACGCGACUGGCAGCAGACUCAAUGCUACCAGAUCCACAGCUGCGCAAAAAGCAGAUUCACUGCCCUAUAAAACUCUCAGCAUCGCCUUUCCUUAUUCACUAUUCUCUGUCUGUCUGUCUAGCUUCACAGUCUUGCCAGAAGGCCUUCAGCCCCCUCCUCUGCAGCAAUACACUCAUGGCGCCUCCCUGCAUCUCUAGAUCAUCCAUCAGAGCAGCGCCUAUAAGCUCUUCUUCUACCACCACCAUCUCUGCCGACCUGGGUGCUGACUGCGCACACCGCUCCACUCGGCUGCUACCUAAGCGCCAUCACAUUGUUGCGGAGCUUGAUCACAGUGCUGUUGGUAAACUUUCCACGCACUGAGAGCUUUCGAUGAGGAAACACUUGAGUAUGACGAGCCCAUCGCUUUCAAACGCUGCUCUCUUGACAUGCUGAGAGCUUUUGAGCUGCAACCUCGUUCUGUUGAUGGUCCUGACAAGUUUGAGGUCUUUCCCAAGAUCAUGGAGCAAAAGGACCUUUCCCUCAUGAAUGAGAAGGAGAGGGCUGGUUUGCGCGAGGUGCGCGUCAACGAGGGUCUCUUUACAUCUGCAUCGGCUGAUUGGGAAAAGAGAGGAGCAGGAGCAGAAGUACGCCGUCAAAGCUGCCCGGCUUGAGAAAGUUCCUGACGAACCAACGGGCCUGGUUCACGCGGCGGCGCCGACGUCCAAGAGCCCAAUCAGCGAGCUGAAGCCACGACGGCCUAUUCGCUCCUUGACAGCCAAGGCCCUCACCAAGCAGUUUGGAGGAGAGAAGCGUAGCAAGGUUUUGGACCUGUCACAGCAGGCGCCGAAGAAAUGGAAGGGGGCGCCCAAAGAAGACGCCGAGGUGAUGUCCGCUCCUAGCACUCAGCCUCGCAUCGUACUUGGGGCUUUGCCCGUUUGUACCACCGGCACAGUGGUCUUUGCCAACGGAAGGCCCGCCGCAGUCAGCCUUGCCGGAAGCUUAAGAUUUCUUGCCCCGACUGCCUUAAGGGACACCUUGUGGUCGUGA